GGGGGAGGGAGGGUUGACUACGAGGCAAAGUGGGGGGAGAGACAGACACACACGGGGCCUAGUCGCCACAUCUUUUCAUGCGAAGAAGCUGUGCCGCUAAACCGUCAGUAAUUCACAUUUACUUGCACGAAAUGUCACUUUGCAUGGCGUAGCUCGUCCGCGUACAGUAGCCGGAGAUAGAAGCGGAACAGGCAGUGAUAGACUGACCCGUUUUUGGUUUCCCUAAACAACUCCGGCCCGGGCCUCAGUCCGCGGUCUAGAGUUUGAGAGCGGGCUGUUAGAGACCGAAGCACGUCGGCUUAUAGGUGUCAGCCAGCCCCUGUGCCCCAGCCACCAUCAUGGGAGACAGCAGAGAUUCUCGCAGUCCAGACAGUUCGUCUGUGUCGUCCCCUCCAUCGGGCCAACGCUCGCCUCCGCUGGUUCCCUCAGCUGCAGCUUCCAUGACCUCCCUGCCUCCCAUCACCACCACUGGAGUCAACAGCCCCAUCAGUAGCAUCGGCUCUCCCUUUUCCGUUAUCAGCUCUUCACUUGGCUCACCCUGCCUACCAGGCACACCGUCAGUGGGUUACGGCCCAAUUAGCAGCCCCCAGAUCAACUCGACAGUUUCCAUGUCAGGACUCCAUGCAGUGAGCAGCUCCGACGACGUGAAACCUCCACUGGGCUUGAAGCAGUUGUCAUCUCACAGCCCAGGGCCGAUGCUUUCCCAGAAACGGCUUUGUUCCAUCUGUGGUGAUAGAUCCUCUGGUAAGCACUAUGGUGUAUACAGCUGUGAGGGCUGCAAAGGUUUCUUCAAGCGAACAGUGCGCAAAGACUUAACCUACACCUGUCGGGACAAUAAAGACUGUAUGGUGGACAAGAGACAGAGGAAUCGCUGCCAGUACUGCCGCUACCAGAAGUGCCUGGCGAUGGGCAUGAAGAGAGAAGUGGCCAAGAUGAACGACAGAUCUGUCCAAGAGGAGCGGCAGAGGAACAAGGAUCGAGAAGGUGAGGUGGAGUCGACGAGUGCAGUGAACGAGGAGAUGCCAGUAGAGAAGAUUUUGGAAGCGGAGAUGGCUGUAGAGCAAAAGACAGAGCUUCAUGCAGAUGGAAGUUCAGGAGGCAGCUCUCCCAACGAUCCUGUCACCAACAUCUGUCAGGCAGCAGACAAGCAGCUAUUCACCCUGGUGGAGUGGGCCAAGAGGAUCCCUCACUUCUCUGAGCUGCCACUGGACGACCAGGUCAUCCUGCUGCGUGCAGGCUGGAAUGAGCUCCUGAUUGCAUCGUUCUCCCAUCGCUCCAUCUCGGUGAAGGACGGGAUUUUACUGGCCACGGGUCUGCAUGUCCACAGGAAUAGUGCCCACAGUGCAGGUGUUGGAGCGAUCUUUGACAGGGUUUUGACAGAGCUCGUAAGCAAGAUGAGAGACAUGCAGAUGGACAAGACGGAGCUGGGCUGCCUUCGAGCAAUCAUUCUAUUCAACCCAGAUGCCAAGGGUUUGUCCAACCCCAGUGAGGUGGAGCUCCUGAGAGAGCGGGUGUACGCAUCUCUUGAGUCUUACUGCAAACAGAAAUACCCCGACCAGCAGGGCAGGUUUGCAAAGCUCCUCCUCAGGCUCCCAGCACUGCGCUCCAUUGGCCUGAAGUGCCUGGAGCACCUGUUCUUCUUUAAACUGAUUGGUGACACGCCCAUUGACACCUUUCUGAUGGAGAUGCUAGAGGCGCCACACCAGCUCACCUAGAGGAGCCAGGUUCGAUCCAGUCAGGAUCCGGUGCUCACCAGGAUUACCAACACCACCCCCAGUGUUGGUCACUGGCUCUUGUUGGGCCUCAGUUAACUGCAGCACCUGCUGGUUUUAUAUACCAGCUAUCUCACUUAGACACACACACAAAAACAUAUUUCCCAGCAUUGUGGUUAGUCAUCUUCACACACACAUGCAGAUUCUUUAAAUUGCAUACAUGGAUUGACAGACAACGCAACUAAUACACAUAUAUUAUGACUUGGCAUGAACAAUAUGCUAGCGCACACACACACACACACACAAAAAUGUACAUCUUCAUCAUCUUUUCCCAUACUUGGUUUUUCACCACAGGGGUUAUGACUCGAAGAAUAUAUCCCCUUUUAUCACACAUAUACAGUAAAUGUCUUAAUUUUAAGUUAGCCUUCAGUUUUCACAUCUUCAUCUCGCAGUGGGUUUUUGCUUCUGCGUAACUGCUAUAUUUCCCCUGUUUGUACUUGGGUUACUUACAGUUACUGCUAGCUGCACCUCUGUAUCUUAUAUCCAUCACUAGCCGGUUAGUUAUUCAUGUAUGAUUUUAGCUUGAAAUCAGGUGCAUAGCAUUUCAAUCAACUGUCCACCAUCAAAGAAAUUCACUUUUUAUUGUCAGGAGGUGUCCUAUAACGGACAGGCAAACACCCUCCCAAUGAGUUCAUUCAAUGUCAUAAACAUGAAAUGUUUUAUGCUUUUUGAAUAUUCAUGCUGAAACUUGUUUGAGUUUCUAUUUUGAAGUACUGUACUCAUGAAAUGAGAGCUUUUUCCAAGGCAUUGAAAUCCAGGAAAAGGGGGCUGGGAGCACUUUGUUGAACAGACAAGCUUAGUCCCUCCCACCCUGAUGCGCACAGCGGGCUUUGUAAGACAAGAAGAAUGACUUGAAUUUUUUUUUUUUUUUUAAGUUUUGAUUUUGUCCUUUUCUCUACUUUGGCAGAUGGUUGGCAUUUUAAACAGCUUGAGGCUCACAGGAAGUAAAGCUUCAUGCAAAAAAAAAAAGUAUUUGUUUCACUCUUAUCUCCUAUUUCCCCAAAUCCUCCCUUUUCUGGUGGUCAUUUAUGCACUUUUGUGAGUUGUAACUGUGUAAAUGUUCCUGUUUCCUAGAAAUGACCAUCUGUUCUCAGACACCUAAGAUGAACUUGAAGGUACUAUGUGUAGGGUUUUCUCAUUAUUGCAUCAUUGUCCAAUCAGAUGUGAUGAUUUGUGAUAGAACAUGCUAAAAUAAUUGGUCACUUCCUGUACAGAUGAUAACCAGCUUAGCUGGCAAUAAUUUUAUUAGUUUGGCCAAACAUCCAGCACAGCUGAAAGUCUCUUAUUGUUGAUGGUUGCUGUUUAGUCCAGAAAUCUUCUUUUUAUUAACUUUCUAUUGGCCAUGAAAGAGCAAAAUAAUUUUUUGUGCUCUCCAAACAAUCCUGCAUACAAUUGGACAGCCUGUAUCUGCGUUGUGCAGCCUAUUGUUCAGGGAGACUUAAGUACAUAAGUGACGUCUGACUCCUCUACCCAGUAGCUAUUGAAGUGUCCUUGCACAGUAUACUGGAGAAGUUGAAGAGCCAUUGCUCUGCUGUACUCAGUCUGAAUGCGAAAUUUAUGUGCAACACGAAUAAAAGCAACAGAAGUGAGACCACAUGAAACAGUCUGCUAGUGGCAAAACCUGCAGCAUUUCACAUGGUAGUCAGCCAGCUUCAAAUUUGGCCUAUUUGCAGUAUUUUUACCGCUCAUUGACGGAUUGUUGAUUGUGGAGUAGAUUGUUGAGCAGUUCACCCAUGUUCCAAGCAACUGUGUGUCAAGUUGCUGGAAUGCAAUAAUGCAAUGAAUUAGUGCCACAUAAUGGAAAUCCUACACCUACUACCUGCAGCUUUGGAAACUUUAUUCAGUCUGUAUUGACUCAGUGCUUGCGACUUUUGUACAGUAGAUGUAAAUAAUACAAAAAAACACAGGAGUCAUGCAGAAACAAAGGCCUGUUCACACUUGAGAAAGCGAAAUAUGUGGCUCCAACAAACAAAUAUUAAACCUUUAUUUUUUGCUGUUGAACCAACAUUGGACUUGCCUCCCGUGUAAUGACAUCACCAUGAAACUGUUUUUGAGCCCAGGGCCAAACCACACCUCAUUGCUGCUUUUGCACCAACUUCUGCCAAUGUUUCCUGUUGUUCUUGGUAAUUGAUUGGCUGGAUUUUGUUGACAAUGGCACUUGACAUUUACUGUGAUUGAAAUUUCUGAGUAACUGAAUCUUAAGCAUUGCAGUGAAAAGUCAAAUGCAGCUACCACAUGAUCAGGAGACACAAAGCAAACUAUGAAUUUUACCGUCUACACGUGCUCAAAGUUGAACAAUACUGGGGUACACCUAAAGUUUUACUACCAUUUUUGUUAGUGAAGUAUUUAAAAGAGUGUUGACAUUCUGAGGUAUACUUAGCCUUCUUGUUAGACACCACAUUUAAUAGAAAUCAGAAACAUAUUUUGCAGUAUCAUUCUACAGGGAGGAGGUACAGCUGUCCUCUACCAGGUGCUAAAUAACUAAUAUGGUCUUUUAGUUUAAGAUUUGCACAUUUACAUCAAUGCAAACACAGUAUGCAAGUACACAGACAAAUCAGACAGCCUUUCUCCCCUCAUUAUUUUGUGACCUCUGCCUUUACUGCAGACUCCCAGCUAUGGAAAAUCAAUACCAGUUAAGUGCUUGUAUGUUUUGGCUGUGGCACUCUACCAGACACAGCCAGUCUUUAGUAAUUUAGAAAGCAGUUAAGCUGGUGGAAGCAAUGAAAGUAGCUGUUGGAUUUUGGAGUCUGUCAGCUCCUUUGACCAGAAUAAGCAAUGAGCUUCCUGCCCUACAGAUAGUCCAAAUAUCUCUUCUCAAAGAGGAUCCUUGGCCUCCCUCAUGUGAUGUGGUCAUAGAGGCAGGCGGUUGACCUGUAAGACAGGUGCUUUGUUUAACUUGUAAGUAAGUUGGUCUAACCUCAGAGCUUGGUGUUUGAAUUUUUCUCCGCCUUCGCAUUCGUACGGUCAGCUCAACAAAAGUAGUCUCCAGAUGUCCAUUAAUCUCCUUGUUAGAGAGAAAAGCCAGCCUCUUGUGCACCAUUGCUGACUCAUUUUGUUGGAAACGGUUGAUGGUUGCAAGCUUAUGGUUUAGAUGAGAAGCACCGACAUCUGCCAGAAUUCUUGCACUGUAUUUGCAGUAGUGCAGUCUCAGUGCUUGAAUGGCUUGCUUUUGCUGCACAUAAGAAAAUAGAGUCUUGGAGCUUGAGUGAGAGUGGUUCUGCAGCCUCUGGGCUUCCUGGUCUAUGAUCUGGAUUACAAUCCAGAUGUCCGAAAACAGUUGGGCUGUGAAAGUAGGUUCGCGAGUGCAACCCAAAAUGAGCUUUUUGUCCGUUAGUCCCUCGGGAAAAAGCCGAUUUUAGGAUGUGUGCUUGUGUGAAUAAUCUCUGGUUGGUUGAUAACUUGAGAAACUUUCUCUGCAGGAUUUAAAUUUUUGUAGCUUCCUCUGUUGAAUGUUUAAGCCUGCUGCUACUGCACCAUUUUUAUAACUGGGGAUGGGAAUAAUUACACAGUCAGUCAUGUGCUGGAGGGAUCACUAGUUGACAUUAAAUACUAGUCGCACAACUGACUGAGCAGAUACCAUUCAUAUUGUGGUAAUAUGGUUCAACGGUUGUCAUGCAAUAUAUGCAUUGUGUUUCUGGCAUUUGUAAAUUUAGCCCAGACUAUUACAUAAGUUCAUAUUAAUUGGCAGUGAAAUCAUUUAGCAUUCCCAUCUCUACAUAUAACGGCAGUGUAUUUAAGUUCAUGCCAUUUCUGUAUUUCUCUGCGUUUUGCUAUGAGCUUAGCAUUUAGAUGAUGAUGAACGGAUACAGUGAAAAAGCGAUACAUCAGCGCAGGUUUUCUGUGCUACGCCACUUCAGGCUUUGCUCAUAAGACUGACUGUUUAGCAAAAGCUGGUUGGUUAUUUCAGUUUUUAGCACUUGUUGUUGGGUAUAUGUGUCUGUUUUUGUGCACAUGUAUAUGGAAUCAGUCUGCAGCUGCACCGUUUGACUGGCAGAUACUGAAGCUUUGGCUGUGACUUGCUGAGCGCUGUUAAAUACAUGGGUUGAGCAAAAGAAUGAAAGGGUGCAAGAGAAGGAGCCAGGCUAGAGGGGCGAUUAACUGGCUUGUUGAGCUGAUGCUUUAUUAGUAAUACAACCCAGCCUCCUUCUUCCCGUUACUUUGCCCCGUUUCCACUGCUUUACUUUAAACCUAACAUAGCGUAUUCACUCAGCCAAGUGGGCUGAAAAUGACUGGGCUUUGCAUUGGAAUGGACUUGUAAAAUGAACCUAUGAUUCUUGGACUGUUUGAAAAGGAUGUGAAGCUUACUAUGAGGCAAGUGUUGAAGAGCUGUAGAGAAGGGAUUCAGUGCCGUGUGUCCCUCUUUGCUUACUUUACUUGACGGCAGAGCUGCGACGAUGUGUGGUCACCAUGGGAGACCGCGGAAUCGCACCGCCCACAAACUUUUGUCGUUGCAAUCGUGUGCACUCAAGGCAGACGCAUGCUGUGACCUUUUGACUGUGUAGCAGUAUUGUUGGCGCCCUCUUUGUUACAUUUUGAAAUUACUGGCUUUUUUGAAAAUAAAGACAUUGAUUGAAUAUGCUUUUUGGAUCGCAGGCCAUGACUGAAGAAUUGAUCAUCAUGUAUAGAUUAGACAUCAGGGCGGCGUUUUAACAGGCCUCCUGGAGCCAAGGCCCAUCCUGUUGUGAUCAAUGAGGCGCAGUGUGUGCUAUGCAGCCUUGAAAACACCACCCUCACUGGUUUAUUUAUCACUGCCAAGCUGUUUGCGGCCGUUUUAAAUGCAGGGCCACUCAGUCCCCAGUGCUCGUCUGUCAUGUAUGUUGUGAUUAUUGUGCAGCACACUUAAGAGUGUGCACUAACCUUGGCCUGUGUAAUGCAUACUAAAGAGGGGCCCUAAUAGGAAUGGAAUGACAGCUCGCGUGGAGAGGGCAGGACUGGUCACGGGAGAGAGAAGCAGACCAGUGUGUGGACCCCUCUGGGUGCUCAAGCUGUGCAUUGGUGCUUUUUAUAGGGUCCCACAGCCUGAUGACAUCUGCUUUGGUUUCUAAGGUGCAGGUGAAUGAGUGACAUGAUAAUAAGGAAUGAUUUGACAGGGCUUGCCUGGCCUAGUCCUGAACCUGCUCUUCUUCAGUUGGAUUUGGUUGGGUACUUUUUGUGACCGGGUGUGAACUGUGUUAGAGUCCUAAUGUGGCUGGAGUGGCGCAGUGCAAAGGCCACUAGAAACCACAGGUUAGGAGACAGCUCCCACUAAGACCUGGUUACACUGAAUGGACUCGAAUGGAGGCGUCAACUGAACAUGUUUGCUCUUCUUAAGGAGAAGGUGGUUCUGGUGUUGAAGGUUGGAGAAUUUGUGAAGGGUUGGUCAGAGAGAUAACUGGAGGAGAAAAGAAGGGCAGGGACUUGAAGAACUCGGAUCAGGUGUUCAGUUAUUGACCGAGAAGAAAAACAGAAAAACCUAUUUUCCAGUAGAUCUAGAAUCUUCCUUAAUUGUUUACUCUUCACUUUAAAAACUUUCACACAGUUUCUUUGUCUUGUUUCUUGUCUCCCUCUUCUCCAACUAUGCUAUUCAUCUUUUGUUUAUUACAAAGUAUUAAACAAAUACAAGAACUGUAAAAUCAGAAUGGACUCUGUCACUCGUACUUUUAAUUUUUCUCUCUUUCUCUUGUGUCUGUUCUUUGUCCUGUUUGUAUCCUACUCCAUCGUACAUGUGGAGCCGAUUGAGUAUUGUGUGCUUUGGGGAUUGAAAGAAGAAAAAAAUGAAUAAUUUUUUCAGUCAUUAAUUCUGAAUCUUGUUUCUGUUUGUUGUAUCAUGUCCGAGUAAAGGUUUUAAUACUGUA